CCACUCUACUGCUGUCGUCACCGAGGUCAGGUAGACGGAGCGAAGAUGGCGACCGCCUACGAGAGAUACAAUUUGCACACGACCCCAGAGAAGUUCUACAUCGAGGCGUGUGAUGAGGGUGCAGACGCAGUGCUGGCCAUCGACAGGGUCUCCAAUGAGAUGACCCUCACAGGGAGAAACAAUGUCCCACCCUCAGCAGUGACACGACCCAUCUGUGGCAUCAUGGGCACCAUCCGGCUGGUGGCAGGGAUGUACCUGAUCGUCAUCACCAGGAAGAAGAACAUUGGCAGUCUGAUGGGACACGCCGUGUGGAAGGCUGUGGACUUUGACAUCAUCUCCUACAAGAAGACCGUGCUGCAUCUGUCUGAAAUACAGUCCCAGGAGAAUAAGACCUUCCUGUCCAUGAUCAACAACGUGCUGAACACAGACGGCUUCUACUUCUGCACAGACUUCGACCUGACGCACACGCUGCAGAGGUUGGCCAACACCAGCCCAGACUUCCAGGAGAUGAGCCUGCUGGAGCGGGCGGAUCAAAGAUUUGUCUGGAACGGUAACCUCUUACGAGAACUAGCAGCACAACCCGAGCUCCACAGGUUUGCUCUCCCUGUUGUCCAUGGAUUCAUUUUCAUGAAGCCGUGCCGGAUCAACGGUAAAGUCUUUGAGUGGAUCCUGAUCUCGCGGAGGAGCUGUUUCAGAGCAGGGGUCCGAUACUACGUCAGAGGCAUCGACUCGGAGGGUCACGCUGCUAACUUUGUGGAGACGGAGCAGAUCAUUUUGUACGAGGGAUCUAAAGCCUCUUUUGUACAGACUCGAGGGUCCAUGCCAUUUUACUGGAGCCAGAGGCCUAAUCUCAAAUACAAGCCCAAACCGAUUAUCAGUAAAACCAUCAAACAUAUUGACGGCUUCCAGAGACAUUUUGAUUCACAAGUCCUCAUUUAUGGAAAACAGACGAUUCUAAAUUUGGUGAACCAGAAAGGAUCUGAGAAACCUCUAGAACAAGCUUUUGCUAGAAUGGCUUCUGAAAUGGGCAAUGGUCUACUCAAUUACAUAGCCUUUGAUUUCCACAAAGAGUGCAGUCACAUGAGAUGGGACCGGCUACAGAUCCUGGUGGACGCAGUGGCAGAGACACAAGAUGAAUAUGGCUUCUUCAUGGUGAAUGCAGAUGGUAAAACGUUAUGCCAGCAGAAGGGUGUAUUCAGGAGUAACUGCAUGGACUGUCUGGACAGGACCAACGUCAUCCAGAGUCUGCUGGCCCGACGCUCUCUGCAGGCACAGCUCCAGAGGAUGGGUGUCCUGAACGUGGGCCAGAGAAUCGAAGAGCAGGCUGAGUUUGAGAAAAUCUACAAGAAUGCAUGGGCCGACAACGCAAAUGCCUGUGCAGUGCAGUAUGCAGGAACCGGGGCCCUCAAGACUGACUUCACAAGGACAGGGAAAAGGACCCAGUGGGGACUAUUGAUGGACGGCUGGAACUCCAUGAUCCGUUACUACAAAAACAACUUUUCAGACGGCUUCAGACAAGAUGCCAUUGACCUGUUCCUGGGCAACUUUGCUGUGGACGAGACUGAUGGACCCACUCCACUUCGUGAGCAGAAGGACUGGAAGUUCCUCACUCUGCCCAUCAUCAUGCUGGUGGCAUUCUCCAUGUGCAUUGUGUGUCUCCUCAUGGCUGGUGAUACGUGGACGGAGACACUGGCAUACGUGAUGUUCUGGGGCGCAGCGAGCACCAUCACAGCUGCCAUCAUCCUGUACAACGGCCAGGACUUCGUGGACUCGCCCAAGCUGGUGCACAAGGAGAAGUUGGACUGAAGUUUGUGUGUGCCUGUGUGAGUGUCCGCGUGUGUGUCUGAGAGGGAGCGGAGCUGGGCAGGGCCUCGGCUUUGCUCCUCCCACUCACCCUCCUCUGCCCCUCUCCUUACCCCUCCACCAGACCGAUCCAAUCCUCUGUACUGACAGCAUCCACGUACAAUCACUCCAGGUUCUAAAUUUGAAAGCAUUAGCUGCAUACUAGAGGUAGGCAAACUCAAAAGUAAUAUUGGUUAUGCUUUACUUUUCAGCUCGGUAAUAGCUUUGUAAAAGGAUAGAAAUGGUAUAGUAACUAUGGACGUGUUCACACUUGACAACAUCACCUCAUCAAAAUUGGGACUAGACUAGGAUUAGAAUAGGAUUAGACCAGGACUAGAACAGGACCAAUCCUAAUCUGUAUUAGCACUUAAUCUAGUCCCAAGUAUUGCCCACAAACCACAUCCUUAUUUGGGAUUAAACUGGAACUAAACUCAGAAUUGAACCGGGGAUAGACCAGGACUAUAUCAGGAUUGGGACAGGACUAAACCAAGUCCACAUCAGGACAGGAUUAAAUCAGUGUGAACGAUUCAUAAAUGGUAAUUAUAUGGUUAUUACUCAUGAAAACACAUAGUUAGUUAUAUUACAAGGAAAUGAUAUAGAAUUAAUUCUAUUAUAUUGAGUAUGGCAUUAUAGCAUGCUGUUACUGUGCCAUUAUAACCAUUCUUUUACCAUGCUAAUACUAUGCCAUUACCUGCUAUAAAGUGCUAUCAAAAUACAGUUAAAUUAUAUUUUUGCAAAAAAAAUGUUUUGACUAAACUUUGACUAAACAGGCCCAAAAACUGUACCAAACCAAGUCUAAAUCGGGAUUAAACAAAUCUGAAGGCUGUCUAUAUUUUCAUCCAAAAUGAAUGAGAUUGCCUACAUCUCGUUUACAGUGUACCUGGAUUUAAAUUUAAUUACAAGUUAUACAGAUAAUUUAUCCAACAUAUGGUUAAACAGACCACAACAUUGUUGCUUAACCUACCAAAAGCCCAACUCAACUUAAUAAACUCAACUUGUGCUUAUGUAUAACUUUUAAUUAAACUGCACUCAUUUCAUAACAUUAUCAUUUACACCACAUUUCACUUUAUUCAUAAUUUUCCUUCUUUUAGGUGAUGGUGCGCUUAUGCAAAAAAAAAAAAAAAACUAUUCUAGACACUGUACGAUCUGUAUUUAUUCUCCAGAAUGUUGUAAAACGCCCCCUACUGGCCUCAUUCGACAUGCCGCACUCAUACACGCACACACAAAUGAAUGACUUGGCUACAGGAUGGUUCAUUCUGAAUGUAUCAAGCCUUAAAAUGUUGUAUAGUAGAACAUGGUCGCUCCGUAUGGGAUGGCAGAGAGCCAGUUUUCCCUGUUGGAAGCUGGUUGUUGUUUUUUUUGCACAUCGGAGCACCAUGUAGUGUGCUGCUGGAUAUUAGAGGUAUCCAUUUUAAAAUAUGUUCAUAGUUUAACCUGGUUUCAGACAUUUAUAAGUUUAUACAUUAUUACAGAUGGUUAUGCAAAUUGGCGUUGUGUUUUCUGGUUACAUUUUUUCCUAAACAUUUUGAGACUUUUUUCUUUUUAAGGUGACUAGGUAACUUUACUGGUGGAGAGUCUGCCACAUGCUUUUCUCCACCGUAAUGUUAUUACUUUGCCUGAAAUGUUACACAAUAUAUUAUUAAACUUAUCAAUCUUCUAUUUAUUCCAGUACAUGCAGUGAGGCAGCCCACCUCUCGACAGAUCAGACCUGUAACUUGGUCACAACCUGUAACUUGGUCUGGUGGUGUGUCUUGUUUGGUUCCAGGGAGAUUGUUUAAUGCUAUGUUCCGAUCACAGAAUCAAAAUCAGUCAGAUGUGUCUAGUUGGACGCUGUUGCAUUUGAGGGGAAAAAGCUUGAAACAUGUUCAUGCAUUGAAAAUUUUCACCAAAAGUUCAGAUUUUUCAACUCUGGCAUUAAGACACUCAAAGACAAUAGUAUGAUAAACCCGCCUGAACAUCUGAACGCAUUGAAAUAAAGCUGUACUGUGGAAAGCACUUACAUCUCCAUGGAGAAAAAAGGUGUCAGACCCUUCACCAGAAAAAAAGCAGUUUGCACUCGAGCCUUACAACAACAAGCUUUUGGGUUCUGUUUCAUAAUAGUCAUUCUUUCCAAAAUAUUGAAUUGUCCUUAGGGUUGUAUAGGCUCCUGCUGUCCAUCUGAAAUUAUGACACCAAACACAAGAAUGCUAGAAUUAGUAUUGUAUAUCUGUUUUUCAGUGAUUACAAUUGUAUUAUUACAUUAAUAUAUUCAUAUUGUAAUAGGUAACCCAUCGUUUUAUCUUUGUCAAAUUGAAUGCAAAAAUAUUGAAAAUUGUCUAACCAGAAAAUAUGACGCCAAUUAUUCAAAAACAAUACUUUGUAGAAUAGAUUAUAUUUUUCAAUGUUCAAUUCACCCGUUCAUUUUGCAUUUUAGUUAAAUAUUUAGUUUCUGUUUGAGGUCUGAAGCCAGGGCAUAUGCUUGUAUAAACAUAAAGUAACGCAUAUGGACCAAAACUGCUGUGUAAAAAUGCUAUUUCAUGAACUGAAUAUUGUAACUAUACCUCUUUAAAUAGUCCAUGUUCUGUGUGGAAUUUAUAAUACCAAAACUUCUUUACCCAUUUCACACACAAACUAAAAAUGAAUUUUGAGGAAUCGUCACAUUUACAUUUCAAAUUCAGUGUUCAUGUAUUGUAUCCAAAAUAAAAAUUUAGAAGAAAUUGACAGUAUUUUAUCUUCACAAUUUUUUUUUUUUCUGACAGAGGUUUGGAUAUGACGUCACAUACACACAAAAAAAUCCCAAUUUCUUGUAUUACUGCCUUAUAAAAUACAGUACAAGUAUUUGGCUAAUUAUUAAGGAUAAUUAUAAUAUUUGUAAUCUUAAAAUGGUAUAUUUUAUGUUUAUUUUCACCAUGCCUUCAUCUGAUUCAUUCCAGGUGUUUUUAAUGUUUUUUGGGUUUUUUUUUUUUUUUGCAUUGUCAAAAAUCAUUCCUGUAAAUGUUUUUCAUGGAUUACUCUUGACGGCCACAGUUUUAGGUAUGCCUGACCAAAUUGUGUUAACAGGAAAUAUUCAAUGUAUUAGUAGUAGCAGCAGGUGUGCCUAAUACUGUGGCCUCCUCAUCUGUACCUAACUGUACUGAGAAUAUGGUAGCGGUGUUACGACUUGGGUGUAUCUUUUUAAUGCACAACCUGAUCUAUGCUGUAACAGGAUUCUUCUCAACACACACUAACUUAUUCAACUUUGGCAGGUAAUUUGAUUUGUGUGCAUGAGAUCAAUAAAUGAAUAAAGAAAUAAAAUCAAAUCUGUACAUACAAA